GCUGUAAUUAACGUUAUAUUUAUUUGGUAACUUCAUUAUAUAAAACGUUUUUUUUUUAACGUUUAUUAUAUAUUAACAACGUUAUUUACGAAGAAGAACAAAAAAUAUGUUUGCAAAUAUUGUAAAAAGAACUUCAUAAGCUAUCUUUAUAAAGGAUACUAAGUGCAUUUGUUGCCAGUAUAAUUGAAACUGCAGUUAGUAUCGAAUGAAUCGAUUAUGAAAUGCUGCGAUGAAAUGUAACUACUAUGUAAAAAAACUUCAACCUUCGGUAACUGUUUCAAAACAGUGUUAAUAAUUGCUUUGCCAGGAUAUAAAGAAGCAAUAUGUAAUUUCGACAAAAUUGUUGAUGCGUAAACAUAUCGAAAUUAAUGAAAUGGAACGAUACAUUAUCGUCAUUAUCGUUUUGUUAUUUCUGUCGCAACACAUUCUCAACGAAAAACGACUAAACUGUCGCAACUCGCUGCUCGUAUCACAAGUGGCAAGUGGAACGUACUAUCGUAAACAUGGAUGGUUUCUGACCGUCGUCCUCCGUAUUUUAGGUAGAUUAGAUUGUUUACGAUGCAUAUAAAACUUUAGUAAAGUGAUUUUCUUGUCGGGAAAAUGACUUCAGAAAGGGUAGAAUGGGUGGAAAUAAUCGAGCCCAAGACAAAGGAACAUAUGUAUGCUAACCUCACUACGGGGGAAUGCGUAUGGGACCCACCUGAGGGAGUUAAAGUGAAACGGACAGAUUCUUCUCAGUGGUGGGAACUUUUUGAUAUCAACACACAUAGGUUUUACUACUACAAUGCAUCAACUCAGACUACUGUAUGGCACAGGCCAACGGACUGUGAUAUCAUACCGUUAGCAAAGUUGCAGACUCUAAAACAAAACACUGAUCCACAAAAAAGACGGGAAAGUGCCACACAGACCAACCAAGCUGCACCUCAGGCUCCAUCAUCAAUAGAUCCAGUGAGCAGCAAUGGUAAUAGCACUGCGGCGAGCGCCAGCAAACUAUCACCCAGCAACACCAAGAAUGUCUGCUUGCCGCAGACCAGUCCGGUGCGGACCAGGCGCUCACAUUACCAUCAUAGGAAUAGCGGAGAGAGGCGAGGCAGGCUGAGCGAGGACGGAACGAGUCAGCUGUGCCGGCACACCGACUCCGGCCGCUCCUCCGACAGCAGCGUCAGCAGUCAGCGCCGCAAGCAGCAGGAGCUGGCGGCGGCGGCCUGCGCGCCGGCGUGCACGCCGCAGCUGCGCAAGCGCAGCGGGCCCGCGCCGCCGCUCGAAGCCGACAAGUGGUCGCCGCACGCAGGGUUGAACAGGAGCGGCAGCUUCAUCUCGCCGCGGAAGGACGCCUCGGAUGACUCCAUGCACGAGAAGUACUUCAAGUCCGUCGAGAGCACACCGCUGACGAAGCGCAAGUUGAAGCAGCAAUCGGCGGGUUCGUCGUGCGAGUCGGCCUCCCCGCAGAGCCCGAGCAGCCCCCUGCAGAAACCGCAGCCGCAACCCUUCCUACAGACGUCGGCGGCGCGCCCUUCACUCGUCUCAUCAAUAUCGUUGGCCACGGACGCGGCGGGAGGCUCGCGAGUCAUGCACAGCCUGGAGCGGCCGCACCAACUGUCCAGGCACGCGCGCGAGCGCUACUCCGACAGGCACCUGGACAAGGAUCGGCUGGUGGAGUUAGAGCGAACGGAGCGUUUCGACAAGCAGGCUGCGUAUAGUGUGGACAAACCCUUCCGGCAGACCAGUUUAGAUCUGCGACAUCACGCGCCCAAUUGGCAUCCGCCUAGGGAGUUCACUAGAAGACAGCAAGCGGAACCUGAACGUUACACGUCAAGCAAAAGUUCGCUAUCGUCCGGCAGCAGCAAACGGCAAGAACCACACCACAACUUCAUGCGGCUGUGCUCGGCCAAUGAGCAGGACAAUAUGGCUGCUGUGAACUACAAAAUGAAAUGCAUCAACCUGGACCCGCCGCUGACGGAGCCCAACGUGCAGAAACACAACCAGAGGUUAGAGAGGUCCACGGCGCCGAGAGAUCGUGCCAAAUCGCGACGUCACAAGAGGCCCGAGGAAGUAGAAGAAUCUCCCCUAGACGCCGACGAAGAAGAUGAUGAAGGUUCCCCGCUGUACUGCAACUGGGAUCUUCGCGGCAUGCAGCAUCUACUUCCACUGCAGGACUAUAUCAUCCAGCAGGCCAAGCUGUCUAGGGGCGGGCGGUACGCGGACGGGUCGGGCUCGGACAACGAGUCGACGUCGUCGCGCUCGCGCUCGGGCUCGCGCUCGCGCUCGCUGUCCGGCCACGAGCCCGACAACGAGUCCAGCGACGGCGGCGCGCGCACGCCCGACGACGACGACGGCUCCGGCGUCUACCUCGCCCACCAGCACGCCGAGUACAUGAACCACGGCGUCGCCUACUACAACACCUUCCACGAGCCCGACAGGGACUACCACCGGCCCGCAGCGGGCGCGGAGGCGCUGUACAGCCCGGUGCGCGCGCACGCGCCGCGCCCGCCGGAGCAGGACAUCGAGAUCUUCGCCAAGGACCACCUCAACUUCAACAAGGGCAUCUUUAGGAAGAAGGCGUCAGUACGCGACAUGUUAUCAUGGACGUCGUCGGGCAUCAGCGCGCCCAUGGUCGGCGCGGACUGGGACAAGGCCCACAAGAAGGCAGCCACCGACCUGUUCCGCCUGGUCCAGAUCUACAUGGGCGACCGCAAGGCCAGGCCGGGGAUGACGCUCAACUCCGUCGCUCAGGACUUGCUCCAUGCCACCUUCACUAACGAGAAAUUGCGAGACGAGCUGUACGUGCAACUAUGUCGGCAAACAACAGAAAACCCUCUGCGAGAUUCCCUACUGCGCGGCUGGGAGCUGCUAGCAGUGUGCCUCGCCUUCGUGCCGCCCUCCCCCGCCUUCCAGCCCGCGCUCACCAACUACGUCAACCGCCACCGCGACCCCGCCUUCGCGGACGCCUUCCCCGAGGUUGGGAAAUGGCCGAUCCACGUGCAAGUGUCACACUACGCAGGCGUGGCGUGCAAGCGGCUCGAGCGGAUCGGCGUCAGCGGCAAGCGGCAGCCCAGGAAGCCCACCACGGAGGACAUUGACCAGGCGCGGAUCCAAAUAUUCCGCCAAUCAAUGUUCGGCAACACGCUAUCCGAAGUGAUGGCGUUACAAAAAGAGCGGUUCCCGAACCGGCAGCUGCCCUGGGUGCAGGUGGCGCUCUCGCAGCAGGUGCUGGCGCUGAGCGGGCGCGACACCGAGGGCAUCUUCCGGGUGUCGGCCGACGUGGACGAGGUGGCCGCGCUCAAGGCCAAGCUCGACAACUGGGAGCUGCCGGACGCCUCCACCCUCACUGAUGCCCACGCACCGGCGAGUCUGCUCAAACUCUGGUACCGCGAACUCUACGAGCCUUUGAUACCAGACGCGCUGUACGCGCCGUGCGUAGCUGCGGGUUCAGACUACGCUGCAUGCGCGAGGGCGCUACAACGUCUGCCGGCGCUGAAUCGACUGGUACUAACCUAUCUCAUAAGCUUCCUCCAACAAUUUACUGCUCCAGAAGUCGUAAGUCAAACGAAAAUGGACUCUGCGAACCUCGCCAUGGUGUUCGCGCCCAACUGCCUCCGUUGCACCUCUCAAGACCCCAGGGUCAUACUAGAGAACGCGCGGAAGGAGAUGACCUUCCUGAAGACCCUUAUCACGAAUUUGGACACAUCCCAUGUGCAGGACAUGCUGUGACCGAAUCUCAAUAACAAUUACGGGAACGAUGAUUACUCGUUGCAAGAACGUUCGUGGUUUUAGAUAUUUUAGUGAUCAUUCCUGUGUGUAUACAAUCUCACCGGGAUUACGCGAUGAUUAACGCAUACGUGAUAUAUGUCAAAAUAAGUGUUAUAUUUAGCGACAGUUAAUGUAGUCUAUCUCGCAUUAAAUCAAAUCUAGAUGCGUUGAUAUUAAAGAAAAGUAAAUGUUUUAAACAGUAAACUUCUACCACCAACCGCUUGUCGUUUUUGAAGUAGGUAACAUUUCAAUCUGCCUUAACAUUUGAACUAUUUACUGCGAAUAAAAUAUUCUAGUGAUUUCCGAAACCAACUGUACCUAUAGUACGAAUUAUUUACAUUAAGUACAGUACUAAUAAGUACAGCCUUCGGUGAAGCGGUUAGGAAUGUUCGAAAGAAAAUUAGCUUUAAUGAACGUUCGUGCAACGGGUCAUGACCCACAAGGACCUGUGCCGCCGAUCUGUUUGCGGCUACAUCGGUCUUUUUUAAAUGCGCAACUGAAUAGUAUCUUUAGAUUGUAAUAGCUCUUUAGAGCUCCAAAAGGAGCUUGAAGGAUUACUAGUGCAAACGUGAUGCGCUAAUGUGUCGUUCUGUACCAAAAGAUACCUUAGAUCGAUCGAGGCUUACGUUACAUAAUUACUAAUGUAGUAAGUUCGCGCUCAUGUGGUCCCUUUUUCUACAGACCGGCACAAAUAUUAGGGCAAUUACCGAAUUCCCAUAAUUAUAUUUGACAUUCUUGUAUAUUGUUUGUAUUUUUGUACGCUAUAAUGUAAUUUUAUUUGGUCGUAUCCAAAGAUAUUUAAUGAAAUGUGAUUUUAAUUACAUUAGAAUCUGAGCUUUACAAAAGUGCACGUGCAAUGUGAUUCAGAACUGAACGGUUGCUUGUUUAUAUUUAGUUUAGUUGUAGAGAGUGAAUGAAUUUAUUUUUACUACAUUAUUUUUAUUAUGUACCAUAAUAAUAAGUUUUGCUAUUGAAGGAGGCAGCUAUAUUUUUCAUGACGAAUUAAACGCAAUACAAUUAUGUUAGAUUAAGUACAUUAAUAAUAUCGAGGCACCUAUUGAGACUAUCGGCAGUUACAUCCAUAAAGGCGUCUACACUGUUUUUGAUGUAAUAGGUUAGUCUUCUAUUGAUAAAUUAAUUUGUUUACCUACCUAGAGUAAUCGAUUUUAACGUUCAAGUCAUAUUUAGCGAUGUUAUGUUGUAUUUAGUCAGGCAAACUUCAUAGUAGCAAUGUCGCUUAACAUAUUAAAUAUGUUACAACGGGUCACUCACGUAACAUAUUUAAUAUGUCUGUGUCUCACGGAAGUUUAGUUAUUAAACAUGUCGCUUAACAUUCUGUUAAGUAGCUGCUUUAAUCGUUUAGGAAACUAACCUAUUAUGAUUGGAUAUAAAAAGUUAAAUAACUAUAGAACAAUUCAACUUGGGCUCAAUUUUGUUGACUACACUUGAAUUCACAAAUACCUUAUUUUAAUAAGUAAGUAAAUAGACACAUCACAAGUAGUAACUACAUUUUCUAAUAUUUAGUAAAUAAUUUAGAAUUGACAAAAGCAAUAAGACCCAACUAUGACGCAUUUCGAACUUCGAGGAAUGAUGACACUUACGUCUCGGUCACCAAACGUACUUACGCUCCGACUGAAUGCCAGACGCUGACGCCAAUCGCAUUCGAAAAAAAAAAUGUAUGGCGGACACGCUCGGAGCGUGCGUCCCGUGGCCCUAAGCGGAUUACAUACUCGUAUUUACCGACAGCGAAAAUGGAAUUAAACCAAACGGUUUACGGAUAAAAAUCAAAUGUUUUGAUAAGAAAUGUUAAAUACGGAGGUUAACAAUUGUUUUUACUCGAAAGUAGCUGAGGAUAUGGACCAUUUCUAUUUUACAUUAAUAAGAAGGAAAUGGCUGCAUAUUCUUUAUUUGACUCCAAUUUAUCGGAUUUCAAAUUACAUUUUUCUCAGUAUUUUUAGCGAUGUUUGAAAUCUCUAUAGAAAUAUGGUUUAAUAGUUCUGCGAAGUUGGACAAGAAGUUGAUCUUACUAAGAUAUAUGAUGCGACGAGGUUAAGUUACUAAUCUAGGAUAAUAUAAUAUACAUAAAUGCAGCUUUAAAUUUUUAAUGUGUACAUGCCUAAACGGAAAUUACAAUUAGAUUCACAAUAAAUUAAAACUUAUCACAAUUCUUGGGCACAGUAUCUACUAUCUUCAAUAAGGAUCUAACAAUAUUUUACACGAUAAUUUUUUCGAUAAAAAUACUUAAUAGUUCCCUGUUCAUAAUAUGCGAGCGAGUAGAUGUCAAUGCCUUCUGGGUUACCUUGGAAUGUCUCCAAAAAAUGCACUUUGUAUCAGGGUCAAGGCAACGUGUUAGUCAUCGGAUAUUGUGUUUUACGCAAAUUUAUUUUCGUUUAUUGCUGUUGAUAUGUUUUCUCUAGUUCGAUUCGGAAUUAAUUAAUCUUUAAAAUGAUCAAAUAGGCAGGCAGACAAGUAAAUUAAUAACAAGGACAUUUUUUUAAAGUUAUACUUAUUCGAUGAUACCUACCUCACAAGAUAACUAUAGUACGCGCGAUUUCAUUUUUAUACAGAACCUCACUGGUGGCUAAAUUCACGAUAUUAUAAAGAGGGUAUUCACGCGAAUGUAUGAGCAAAAUAUUUAUGAAGUCAAACAUUCACCGGAACUUCAGGCAGCAACAGUAAAAAUGCAACCUGAUGAAAAUCUGAUGAACUUUCACUUCGUUCGGUUUGGCAUGGUCGAUUACAAUGUUUUAUUCUUAGGCGCCGGUGCCGUCGCCAAGAUGACCAACGUUUAUCGUCAAGGUAAAACAUGAAAAAAGAAUGUAUCAGGAUGUAAAAUUAAAUUCAUGAUCUGUCGCCCGCGGUUUUUCCCGACCGAUAGGACAUCCAAACCAUGUCACGAAUUUCGCACUCUUCACAUUCGCGAAUGCGAAUCAGAAUGUCCAGGAUGCGAAUGUCCGAAAGCGAAUGCGAAUACGAAUUUUAGGGAAUAUGUAGUUCUGUCGUUACUCGUAUUAUCAUUCCUAAUUUAAAAAAAAAAUCUGUUAGUACAUAUAACAUGUAACCUUAGAACGGGAUGUUAUAAAGUGUUGAGAAGUGCUGUCUACUGGUCAAAAUGCAGUAUUUAAAAACAGUUGGGGCGCUCCAUACGAGAGUCGACGAGACAAGUCACGACCUGCACACAUUCGCAUUCGCAAAACAUUCGCUCCAUUUGAUGCGAAUGUUUAAAAUGAUUCGUAUAUACGAAUGCGAAUAUUCAUGACAUCCCAACUUCAAACCUUCAAGAGCGUUCUAUUCUAGACUAGGCCCCAGGACGUUACAUAACUGGUAUAAUACAUGCGGAGCUAAGAUUUUUAUCUUACCAAGAAAACUCUAGGUUUAAUUGCAGUAGGAUUACGGCGACAAUAUGCCUCGCGGACAAGUCAUGCUUAUACGUCGCAUUUCCUCUGCUCUUACUCGGAGACCAAUCAUCUCGGGUUUACCACUGAUUCAUUCUAGCCUUGGAGUGUUGCUAUUUAAGUUAUAUAAUUAGUUGGAGUAAAUUGUAACUUUAUUUACGAAGCAAUACAAAUAUUCUUAUUUGUCGCCAAAAGUAAAUAAGUGAUACUUAAGCGAAAGACAACACGCGGUCUUAAAACCAUGCACAAUAAAAUAAAAUAAACCGGCCUAGUGCGAGUCGGACUUGCGCACGAAGGGUUCCAUACCAUUAUCUAUAAAAACGGCAAAAAAUUGCGUUUGUUGUAUGGGAGCCCCCCUACAAAUUUAUUUUAUUCUGUUUUUUAGUACUUCUUGUUAUAGCAGCAACAAAAAUACAUCAUCUGUGAAAAUUUCAACUGUCUAACUAUCACGGUUCAUGAGAUACAGCCUGGUGAUAGACGGACGGACGGACAGCGGAGUCUUAGUAAUAGGGUCCCGUUUUACCCUUUGGGUACGGAACCCUAAAAACGAGCAAUACUUUUGUUGUACACCGGCUGUACACCUUGACAUAGAUAUUUUUUAAUGAAAGCAUAUUUACUUCAAUUAAUUAAAAAUCCGAUUGACAACGGUUAUGAGAGACACUGAUUGUAUUAUUUAUUGUUUGUAACAGUAAAGGUGGCCCAAAUUGACGUUGAUAUUUAUUUUAUCGCAGCAUAAUUAUUGUUGUCAAUUUUAACAAAUAUUUUGAAGAUAAUAUGUUUUUUGUUUUACUUAAAUUAGUUUUAAUUUUGAAAGAAAUUGAGUUAAAAAAAUAUUUAAGUGACAAAAAUAUUUAUUUAUUAAAUAUUUUUUGUCAACGUAUACUGUUUGGGCCAUACUGUAAAUUAGACAACGGGUUACACAAACCAAUUCCUAUUUUUCGAAUUUCCUAUUUUUCGCACUUUUUUCAUAAUGUACUAUUACUGUACAUAUGGUACUAGGUACUUUCCUGCACUAGUGCGGGAAUUAGCACUUUCCGUGUCUAUGUCGUAUGUUUAAAGGGCCAUUAUGUACUGUAAAACGUUCUACAAUACACGAAUAGGUAAUUUCUCUUAGAUCGUAUUUUAAUUUAUCGCCACUCGAUGCGAAUUUCCUACUUUCCGCACUUGUAUCGUAAUAAAUAACUAUUAUGCCUACUAUACACUGCUCCGCUAGUCCGUUUAACCUUUUGAACGCUUUCUCGCAUCAAAAUGUGGCAUACACGCCAACAUCUCAACUAGUGAGCAACGAAUUUAAACCUUAUCUGUCAACAGUAAAAUUGCUUUGACAGCGUCUGCCAUGACCCCUUGAGUGGUCGCUGGCGUGGUGGGCAUGACAGCACACGACCAGUUUAGUGGCUCUCGGUGUUGAAAGGGUUAAAAGGGAACCUUACGUAUACGUUGCAUACUGACGCAUAAUAUGCGACGAUAAUUGUCCAGAAGUCUCUUUAUCCGGAUCGACAUAUUUGAGUAUGAAGAGUAUGACGUGUCUUAGAGAUUUGAUUUUGCUAGAAUCUCUUUUUCAAGAAAAGUUUACUUUGAAGCCACGUCAUUAGCAAUGCAAUGCAGUUUAAUCUGAGAUCUUUGUUUACAAAGUAGCUAGGAAAACUUUAGAGAAAUAUUUUUGUGUAGAUACUUAAGUAAUGAAGUUUAUCGCAUUUUCAAACUCCUAUAAAUAAAGUUACGAAAAUUCAAGCGCUGCUCUUCGAAUAUAUUAUUAUAUUUUAAGAAGUUGUAAUGUCGAUAUAAGACUUAUUUUUAAUAAGUAGAAUAUUUUUACACACCGAUACUUUCAAGCUUAGUCCGUGAGCUUUUGGAUGGAAUAUGUUUGGAGUUCUGAAAGGAACACGAUAAAAAUGAAUGAUUUGAUAUGUGAAUCUAAAUUGCCUUAUCCAAGAAAACAGUCACAAAACUUAAUUUAUUUAACAAAGACAGGUAUUUCCUGGUUGUUUCAAAGGUGCUUGUUUCUUUUCAUUUUUUAUGUUCUGAAAGAGAGUAAUUGUAGUUCUAAAAAGUGUGCAGAAAGUGAUACGUGUCUGCACUAGAGCAUUUUACUUUCCAAGUACGAUUUUUUUCAGUUUAUUACGAUUGAAAAUUAGUUGUAAAUGGAUUUGUUAUACAAUUUUCAUCCUGAUAUUUAACUCCCCAUUCCAUAAAUAAAGACUACUUUUACCUAAACGGUUAAUUGAAAGUACCCUCAAGAAAGUCUAUAAAAAUGAUACUUAGUCAUGUUUAAAAAAAAUCAUGUAUUUUACUUUCCUCGUAUUCAAACGAAAAAUAGAGUGUUUAACACGGGUGAAAAGUAUCAUUUCAGCCUCGGACUAUUGGCGCUCUCACUACCAGAUUACCGACAGAAAUGAGUGCCUUUCGUCCCUUGGUUAACAAUCUACUGUUACUGAUUAGACAAAGCAUUGAUUACAUGAUACUGUCAAUUUUUAGUAGGUAGUUUACAAGUACAUAACUUUAAUUUAUAAGAAGAAUUUACAGCGAUAUUCAUAAACGCGGUUAUCUCAUGAAAUACAUGCGCCUACCUCAGUUUUACAGUCUAAUUCUGGGUACAAGAUACAGUGAUCAAUUUUAUAAUACAUAGAGACCGUCUAUGCUAACUUGGCACGGACUUGAAUAGAACAAAGUAAGGAGAUGUCAUUAUAAACGGCCAAUUCAAUAAAAAAAAAUGUUAUUAAUUGUCAUUACCACCACACAAAUGUCAUGCAGUUAUAGUAUGACCCUAAACUGUUUUAAAAAAGCCAGUUUCUUUUAUGCGAGCGGUCUGUCCUUUAAAAAGCAACUGUAUCAUGAUAGUAUUAAGGUUCAAAUUAUAAUAAUAUGGGCGCUCGCGUACAUUGUGGUGGUCCAUGUUAUAUUGUAUGAGCUUUACAUAGAUUAGCCUAGUCAAUAACACGGGAGCCGACCGCUCACAUAAAAUAAAUAAUGGCUUUUAUAUAACAGAUUAGGGUUCUAAGCGUUAAAAACAUUUCAGAAAAGCAAGCUUGGUCCGAAUCUACAUCUCAGGUGCAUAUCUUAAUUCAGUAAAUAAUGAAAGGCGUCGGUGGCGUGCCCUUCGGCGCCGACCAUCGGUCCGUCUGCGCCCUAAGACUAGUUUUGCAGCCGCUCUGCAUUCACCAGUGCCGCUACGUUCACAUUUUAUGUAGAUCAAUGCUACAGCCAAUGAUUGACACCAACUCUCACUUAAUUUGUUUACUUUAAUGCCAACUGGAAUUGGCGCAUUCUAAGAAAUUGACUACAAACAGGUUAUUUCCACUAGUUAUCAUAUCACCAAGUUGUUACCAGUAGUAACUAAUGGGAUUUUUUCGCCAAUAGUUACAACCAAAAUUUUGUUAGCGUUCAAUACUAAUGAAUCCAGUGGAAAAAAAAUCCCAGUAGCUACCACUGGUAACAACUUGGUGGGAAUAACCCCUACAAACGCGAAUUUUCUGAACAUUUUCAGUAGGGAGUUUGUUUUAUAAUAAUAUGUGUAAACGCCGAAAAAAGUUAUAAUACACGAAAUAAAAAGUAUAUGUACGUGAGAGUCCGUGGAAUGCUUCUAUUUUACUUCUGAGCUGUAUAAUUCUAGUUCAGCAUUUACUAUAUUAAAAGUUAGUUUGAUCCACGUUUUAAUAUCUGUUCGAUUUGUGAAAGCACAAAUAUUGAAAUUGAAUGUGAUAACAGUUUUCUAAAACUAACUUUAGAAUUGAAAAUACUUUCGAAAUACCUCGAUGUUGUUGCAAAAAACGUGAAUCUUCAGUUUGAUAUUUUUGUGUUACCGUUUUACAAGUGUUUCCAAUAUUAUAUUUUGUGCCAUAAAUUUUUUACUUUGGUACGAUACUGAGUACCAUUGGUAACUAUUUAGUUCACGAUUAGGUUAUUUUAAGAUUUUAGGCGUUAGAAUAUUUCAUUUGAGAAAUGAUAACUAAUGCUUGUGGCUAGCUAGAUGACUUAUGAAAGGGAGAAUUAGUGUUUUACAUCUCGAAUGCCGGAACGUGGAUCCGCGCAGUAAGUAUUUAAUUCUAAUUCAUUAAUAAUUAAUAGGUACUAACGUGGAUCCGCGUUCCGGCAUUCGAGAGGUUAAGUAGGUAUACACGGUUAAUUUUAAAAGCUCUCUUUUUAUUCUAGCAUAAUAUAUUCCUAAACAGAGCAAACACAAGUCUAUUAGCCUUGUUCCCGAUAUAAUGUAAAUCUUGCAUUUAUGCAAUAGCAGUGAGGUUAUUUUUAACAUAUUAAUAAUAUAUAGAUACUAGAACCUAUUCAAAAUGUGCUUACUUCAAAUUAUGUAAAGUUGUAUAUUGCUUAUAAAUAUCUAAAUGCAAACAUAAUUUUCAAUAUAAUUUUAAAUCCUCUGUAUAUAUCACGCCUAAUUUUCUUUGUUAUUAAUGACAAUAUAAUGCCUAUGAUGUUCAUAAUGUAGAAUAUCUCUGUAAAUGUGAAAGUUCAAGAGAAUAAAUGGCUAUCCAGUGGAUAGUCGCGAAUACCA